AUGCUACGAUCGAGGAUAAUACGUUAUCCUCGAUCCUUCUCAAACUCGGCAGUUUCGCUGCAUAAAGAAAUCGAGAAGCCAAAGGAGGGAGAAGGUGUUAUUAUAAACUUUGUUACUCGAGACGGAGAAAAGGCGAGUGUUCGAGCGAAUAUCGGCGAUAGUAUUAUGGAUAUAACGCAAGCAAAUAACAUUGAUCUGGAGUGUGCAUGUGAAGGAUCUCUUGCUUGUUCAACGUGUCACGUUGUAGUGGACCCAGCGUAUUAUGACAAAUUAGAUGAACCUACUGAUGAGGAGAAUGACAUGUUAGACUUGGCCUUUGGCUUAACAGAGACAUCAAGGCUGGGUUGUCAAAUAGUCAUGCGUGAAGAUCUGGAUGGCAUAACAGUCGCUAUACCCAGUGCAUCACGUAAUGUUCGAUUAGAAGAGGACCCGACGAAAGCCAGAGACGAAUAUACAAAGGAGAUAAAUGAAGCGGUGGAUUGGGCAAAAAGUAAUCAGACUGCCUUGCAUAAGAAACUGAAAGAUGCACUGCAAAAAUUUAACAACUUGAAUUUUGAAAAACGGUCCGAUGUUUUUGUUAGCGCUGGCAAAGCGUAUUGGGAUGGUGACAUGAUAAAGGAAGAGUUAUUUGAGGAGAAUAUCAAUAUUAUCCUAAGCAACAGGGUAAUAAUAGAAAGAUUGGACAUACUUAUUCCGGCUAUCGUGGACGGUGGGGAAUAUCGUGCGCUUGCAAUCUUUCGAGACGCACUUGUUGAAUUGUACAGGAGACCGUAUGCAAUCAAUGCGAUACGGCCCAUUGCAUCUGGCAUUCUCGACACAAGUGGGACAGACAGCAUUUGGUUGAGUAUGCUUAUGAUGAAUGAUGCCGUAAGAUGCCUCAGCCAGCCACCCGAAGAAUACACGCCUAUUGAAAUUCAUGAUGCUAUAGCAGCUGUUCGUGAGGAAUCGGUUGAUGUGAAGCUGCAGGUCAAUGCAGCAUUUAUAUUAUUAGAAAAUUUGUAA